AGUAAAUGGAUCAGAGUAUCCGUGGUGGAAACAGACCUAAACACCGGACCGGGAGCCGUAAACAAACACCAGCGAGGCGCUGCGUAAAAGCUCUCCAACGGCGCGGCUCCUGCGUGCGCACGGAAACUGUGGCAGCCGCCAAGAAGACUCUGUUUUAUCAUCAUCAUUAUUGUUGUUAUUAUUAUUUUUUGAAUAAUUGUGUCCUGUGGUGAGCACGCGUGAACAACGGGGAUAUCUUAAUUGGACAUGUGAGUUACGGGAGUUAACGGCACGAUCAGGCUUUCCGAAGAUGAAGUUCCCGGCUUGCGUCCUCGUCACGCUGGUGCUGAUCCGCUGGAGCGCAGCGCAGUCAGUUUGCCCUGGAACAGAGAACAAGUUGAGCACCCUAUCUGACCUGGACCAGCAGUACCGCACCCUGAGGAAGCUCUACGAGAACUGUGAAGUGGUCAUGGGAAAUUUGGAGAUUACCAGCAUCGAUCGAAACCGCAACCUCUCCUUCCUCAAGUCCAUCAGAGAGGUGACCGGCUACGUGUUGGUGGCUCUCAAUCAGUUUGAAUACUUGCCGCUGGAGAACCUGCGGAUCAUCCGAGGCACCAAACUCUACGAGGGCCGCUACGCUCUGGCCAUCUUCCUCAACUACCGGCGGGACGGGAGCUACGGCCUGAAGCAGCUGGGCUUACGCAACCUCACAGAGAUACUGAACGGGGGUGUUUACGUCGACCACAACAAAUUCCUGUGUCAUGCCGACACCAUCCAUUGGCGUGAUGUUAUCAAGAACCCCCAGGCGGAGCUGCUGGUGGUUUCGUCCAACAACAGCAACAUCGGAUGCAGACGCUGUCAUCGCUCAUGUAACGGCCGCUGCUGGGGCCAUCAGGAAGACCAGUGUCAAACCUUGACAAAAACGGUGUGUGCAGAGCAGUGUGACGGUCGAUGCUUCGGGCCUUACGUCAGCGACUGCUGCCAUCGCGAAUGUGCCGGCGGCUGCUCGGGCCCCAAGGACACGGACUGCUUUGCUUGCACCAACUUCAACGACAGCGGAGCGUGCGUGACCCAAUGCCCGCAGCCGUUCGUGUACAACCCCACGUCUUUCCAGUUGGAGCACAACCCCAGGGCCAAGUACACCUAUGGAGCUUUCUGUGUCAAGAAAUGUCCCCACAACUUUGUGGUGGACCAUAGCUCCUGCGUUCGGGCGUGCCCCAGCAACAAGAUGGAAGUGGAGGAGAACCGAAUCAAAAUGUGCAUCCCCUGUACCGACAUCUGUCCGAAAGUUUGUGAUGGGAUUGGGACGGGCAGUCUACAAGCGGCUCAAACGGUGGACGCCAGCAAUAUCGACAAAUUUGUUAACUGCACCAAAAUCAAUGGCAACCUCAUCUUCCUCAUUACUGGCAUUAAAGGGGACAUGUAUCAUGGCAUUGGACCUUUGGACCCUGAUCGCCUCAAUGUUUUCCGUACGGUGAAGGAGAUCACAGGUUUCCUGAACAUCCAGUCUUGGCCAGAAAACAUGACUGAUCUGAGUGUUUUUUCCAACCUGGCAACCAUCGGAGGCAGAUCCCUAUACAGCGGAAGCGGCAUCUCUCUUUUGAUCCUGAAGCAGCGUUGGAUCUCCUCCCUCCAGUUCCAGUCAUUAAAUGAGAUCAGUGCUGGGAACGUCUACAUCUUCAACAACAGCCGUCUCUGCUUCUACAACACCGUGAACUGGACGUCACUCUUCAGGACCCAAAGCCAAAAGUUCCUGAUCCGCAACAACCAAGAUCCAAAGGAAUGCAAUCACCAGCGAAUGGUUUGCGAUGGAAUGUGUUCAGACGACGGGUGCUGGGGCCCGGGGCCCGACCAGUGUCUCUCCUGCCGCUUUUUCAAACGAGGCCGCACCUGCGUCGAGUCCUGCAACCUCUUUGACGGGGAAGUGCGUGAAUUUGCCAAUGGAUCUGUGUGCCUGGAGUGUGACAGCCAGUGUGAGAAGAUGGAUGGAAACAGCAUGACAUGUCUUGGCCCGGGCCCAGACCAGUGUGUGAAAUGCCUCCACUUCAAAGAUGGGCCCAACUGCGUGGAGAAAUGCCCCGACGGGUUGCAGGGCGCCAACAGUUUCAUCUUCAAAUACGCCAAGGCCAACAACGAAUGUCAUCCCUGUCAUGUCAACUGUACCCAAGGGUGCGUCGGGCCAAGACUCCAAGAUUGUGUUGGGAUGAUGGACAGGACGCCGCUGAUAGCAGCUGGCAUCAUUGGUGGUCUAUUCAUCAUCGUUAUUCUGGCGCUCAGCGUGGCUGUUUACGUACGACGCAAAAGCAUCAAGAAGAAGAGGGCCCUGCGGCGCUUCUUAGAGACAGAGCUGGUGGAGCCCCUGACCCCCAGUGGAACGGCCCCCAACCAGGCUCAGCUGCGCAUCCUGAAGGAGACGGAGCUGAAGAGGGUCAAGAUUCUUGGCUCGGGAGCCUUCGGAACAGUCUACAAGGGCAUCUGGGUCCCUGAAGGUGAGACGGUGAAGAUCCCUGUUGCUAUUAAAAUCCUCAACGAGACCACUGGUCCGAAAGCCAACGUGGAGUUCAUGGAUGAGGCCUUGAUCAUGGCCAGCAUGGAGCACCCCCACCUGGUGCGUCUGCUGGGGGUCUGCCUGAGCCCCACCAUCCAGCUGGUCACCCAGCUCAUGCCCCAUGGCUGUCUCCUCGACUACGUGCACGAGCACAAGGACAACAUCGGGUCACAGCUGCUGCUUAACUGGUGUGUCCAAAUUGCAAAGGGGAUGAUGUACCUGGAGGAGAGGAGGCUGGUCCAUAGAGACCUGGCGGCUCGCAACGUGCUGGUCAAGUCCCCCAAUCACAUCAAAAUCACCGACUUCGGCCUGGCCCGACUGCUGGACGCCGACGAGAAGGAGUACAACGCAGACGGGGGCAAGGUUGGUAUGCCUAUUAAGUGGAUGGCUCUGGAGUGCAUUCACUACAGGAAGUUCACCCAUCAGAGUGACGUUUGGAGUUAUGGAGUGACCAUCUGGGAGCUGAUGACGUUUGGCGGUAAACCGUACGACGGCAUUCCCACGCGAGAGAUCCCGGACAUCCUGGAGAAAGGGGAGCGCCUCCCCCAGCCCCCGAUCUGCACCAUCGACGUUUACAUGGUCAUGGUUAAAUGCUGGAUGAUUGAUGCCGACAGCAGGCCGAAGUUCAAGGAGCUGGCUGCUGAAUUCUGCAGAAUGGCCCGCGACCCCCAGCGAUACCUGGUCAUCCAGGGAGACGACCGCAUGAAGCUUCCCAGCCCCAACGACAGCAAGUUCUUCCAGAGUCUCCUGGACGAAGAGGACCUUAAUGACUUGAUGGAUGCCGACGAGUAUCUGGUGCCCCGGGGUUUCAACGCGGCUCCUCCAACAUGCACGAACAGGCCCAGGGUCGACUCCAACAGAAACCAGUUUGGCUAUCGAGAUGGAGGUCCAAACAUCACUGAAGGAGCUUUGGCCGGCGCCCAAGCCUGCGUGAAGCAGGAAGCCGCUGGUGUCCAGGGUCCGACCAUGGAGGAACAGCGCUGUAACGGGAGCCUGCAUAGGAAGAAUCUAAGCAAGUGUGGCGGGGAGGACAGCGGGUCCCAGAGAUACAGCGCUGACCCCACCAUCUUCCUGGGGGAACGAGGAUCCAGAGGGGACACGGAUGAGGACGGCUACAUGAUGCCCAUGAAGGACAAGAGCUCCUCAGAGUAUUUGAAUCCAAUUGAAGAGAACCCGUUUGUCUCACGACGUAAAAACGGUGAGAUCCACGCCUUGGACAACCCGGGCUACCACAGCACGCCCAACAGCCAGCCCAAAGGAGAAGACGAGUACAUCAACGAGCCCCUCUACCUCAACACCUUCCACAGCCCGGCGGAGCUGGGCCUGGAAGCUCUGAGGAGAAACGGUCUGCCCUUACCCACCCAUCCUCCGUCCUCCAUCUCCGUCUCAACACUGGGCUCCCAAACCCCUCUCACCAUCCAGACCAGCCUUCCCCACUACACCCUCCCCUCCGCCCAGCCGUCUCCCUCCGGCAUGGCCUGCCUUCACGGCCCAGCGACUCACAUCCUCCACGCCCACCACACCAUUAAACCAUCAGGACAAGCUGGAAACCCGGGUGGCGUCCCCAUCCCUCACAGCCAAACAGGAACUGCCGCUCAAGUCCAGGUGAGCCAGUCGGGUGUGUUGCCCACGUCGGCGACCAUCGGACACAGCAGCCUACCGGCCUACCAGAGCCACGCCGCCAUUCACCCCGCUAGUAUGCUGAAGCACGGAGGGCACACGUCAGGAAAAGCCAGUGGGAAGAAGCUAAAGGUAACCUUUGACAAUCCUGAAUACUGGCAACAUAGCUUGCCUCCGAAAUCAUCUAUUCAGGUGGCCCCGGAAGGAGCCCAGGGGGGCUCCACCAAUGCCAAGCUCUUCUUCAAGCAGAACGGACACAUACGGCCAGCGGUAGCUGAAAACCCCGAGUACAUGUCUGAGUUUUCCCUGAAGUCUGGCACUGUCUUGCCACCUCCACCGUACAGGCAGCGAAACACUGUGGUCUAGAUCAGUUUCUCCAACUUCACUCUUCCCUUCUCCAGCGACCCUGACAUUCUCUUCGGUCCCAGAGUCAGGGGUGGCGAUUCAAAACCACUCCCCAUUCUUUCCAGAUAGCGUGCCAUCUGCUGUAGCAACAUCCGAAGGAGUUGGAUGAGCAGAACCGACUCAGACACACUCACUGUAUCUAGUCCGGGCCCAUUCUGUUGUGUAGAUAGCGACUGAGCUUCAACUCUCUGAAAACAUGGAGGCCACGGCCCGUAUCAGCGAAGAACGGACUGGGCUGUGGAAACGGUGAUCGCCAUGUCGCAUCAAGGCAGGAAUACAACUCUGAAACCCACCGGAUUCAACUUUGGGGACCUGAACUCACUGCCAGCCAUCUUGGUGUCAGAUUUAUGAGGGGAAAAGAAAGAUGUUUAAUUAUUUUUUUGGACCUUAAAGUCUGGAGUAUAAGCGUUUCUGUUAAGCAUCUGGUUUUGUAAAUUACCUUCGAAUGAAGCUUAAAAAGCUUAAAACGGGGUGGAGAAGGCAGAGUUUAAGUUCAAUCAUUUGACUGAAGUUAAAUUCUUGGAGAAAUGCUUUGUUUUUCCUAGAAUUUAAUGUUUUUAGUGUUUAUCCUACAAGAUUUUCCAUCAACUUAAGAAAUCUAGCUCAUCCGUCUACUGUAAUUGAGAUACUGUGAUGGUCAAAACUACAACAAACUCUUUAAGUUGUGGUUCAGCUUUUUUUAUUAUUAUUAUUAUAAUCAUUAUUUUUUAUUUUUUAUUUUACAUAGCUGUUUUGUUUUUGCUUGACUGUUGACUACUUGGAGAAGCUGAUAAAAUGCUUUUUUUUGUUGUCAAAAACCCCCACCUGUUAAUACUUUUAUAAAGAGUGGCUGCAGUUCUGAAAUGGUAGACUUUAAAAACACUGGUUUCCCCAUUCGAACCAUGAUUCUAACUUUGAUGAGUAAAAGUAGGAAUGGAAAUUGCUGUACACAACAAAAUUGCGUGUGAAGAUCACACGCAAAGCUGCAGAGCUCUGAACGGUGAUCAGAGAAAGGAAAAACUUGAGAGGGAAAAAAACAUCUACAGAGAGCCGAGGGAAGGUUCACACAAAUGCACUAAUGAAGACCUCAAGGAAUGAAGCAGACGCAGUAAAACAGGAUGCGUUUAUGCACUUGUCUUUGUGAUUGGGAUUAGUGUGGUUGU